AACUGCCGUUGCCAUAGUGAUAUUGCGCAACGCAAAAUAAAUAAUUGUCAUGAGUCACCUAAAGUUGGUUGUCCUUGGUCCAAAUGAGAGUGGAAAAUCAUAUAUAUGUAACUUUCUGUCCGAAACAGUAGAUCAAAUUACAGGUGACUAUUAUCCAACGAGCGGUGUCAGGAUUUUAGAAUAUGAACAGAAACUCAAGGUAAAAGGGAAACCUGUUAAGAUUGAAGUUGAGUUAUGGGAUGUUAGUGGAGACAGAAAGUACGAAGCUUGUUGGCCAGCUAUUUUUAAAGGAGCUCAUGGGGUGGUAUUCGUUUAUAAUCCGGAUAAAUCUCAUCAUGAGGAAGAACUAAACGAAUGGUAUCAAACGUUUCCUCAAAGUCUAGGUCUGAAAGACCAGCAGUUCUGCGUUAUUUGUUAUAAAAAACCAGACUCAUCGGACAAAGACAUAGUUUCAUUGCCCUCUGUUUUUCAUAGGUUUUUCCAGUUUCGUUGUAACAUGCCAAAAGAUGGUGAAAAGCUUCGGGAGCAAUUCGGUAAAUUUGUUUCUCAAAUAGCCUGGGGGAGAUUAGAGGCUAGUGAACAGGAAGAACUCAACAUUAUGAAUUCAUAAAGAUUCAUUAUGAUGGAUGUCAGUAGUUUUAUAUGUCCCUCGAGCUGUUUAGUCAGCCUUUAUUUGUAAACAUUAGUAUAUUAACCGUCUUCUAAUAAAAAUGAGUGAGUACACUUUAUCAGUUUA